UUUGAUGUGAGAAUAAAAAGGAAAAACGAAUGAAUUAAAAGGGUAAAAGGAAGGAGAUUGCUGUGAAAUAUUGAUAGAUUUUAAGAUCUUUAUUUGAACGUUGUUUAGGGAUUGCCUAUUUUCGCAAAAAGUACAAAAGUGUUUCUAACUGAUAUUUGACAAGCAAUGAGUGACUGUUUAUAAUAAUAACAGCCCAAGGAUUGGUUCAUCGUAACGACCUCUUCUCUCUCACUGAGACGUCUCACCAAAAGAAAGCCAAAUAAGGAAAAGGUACAACACUAUUACUCUUUUACAAAUCAGUCUUGCAUGUAUGUAAUGUCAUCAUCUUGCUGCUGUUUUAAUAUAAAAAUAAAAAUAAAAGUUUUUUGUUUUCAUGUGAUUCUCUUCCACAAAAAUUGGAGAUGAGUGUAUUACUAAAUCAGACUUGUGGUGAAAAAUUCAAAAUUGUGAAUAGAAACCUAGAAUAUAAUGUUUCUAAAAAGUUAAUUUGCUCAAUUGUUCCUUAUUUUAAGACUAUGUUUCAAAGCGACUCAUUGGAAUCAAAGGAAAACAAAGUUGAACUGGAUUUCGAUGAACGUGUUUUCGACUCUAUCCUUGGUUGGGUUCAUUCAGGAUUAUUCAUCAUACAAAUGGAUUAUGUGAUCAGUUUUUACGAUGCAGUUGAUUAUUUUAUGUUAAAUGAAUCUCUUUCUAAGCCUUGUUUUGACUACUUCCAUGAAAAUUUCACCAUUGAGUACCUUCCAGUUAUUUUACCUCAAGUCACCAAAGUGUCCAAAUUGAUAAAUUCAAGAUCUAUGGAAAAUUUAAUUUGUCGCCAUUUCUUGCAGAUUGUAAACACUGAUAUUUUCUUGGAUUAUCCAGUUGAGAUCGUUGAAUCUAUUCUCAAACUAGACUUAAUGGUCUACUCUGAACUUCAGAUAUUUGAAUCAAUCAUGAAAUGGGCGAAUAAGGACACAGAAUCUAGAAACGAAUUGAUUCCACAGCUACUCAAUCAUGUUCGUUGGCCUUUCAUGGAUAAAGAUGAUAUAACCAAAUUGCAAAAUGAUGAAUACAUCAGUUCUUUGACUAAUUUUGUAUCAAUAAUCUGCGCAAAUGUUAAAACUGAACACAGAAACCGAAGCAAGCAAAACGGUUUCGUUUCAAUGCAUCGGAUCGAUGCUUCAAAUGUCAGGAUAAAUGUGUUUGACGAUGAAUUUCGCUGUUUACCGCUUGGUGAUUUUACUCAAGACGAUUCAAUGUCACUUGAAUUUGUUCCUGAAGAACAGGCUUCAGAUAUUUUAUUUGAUUCUGGAAUAAAAGGAGUUCGAAUUGAUUGGGUUAAAAAGACGUUUCGAUGGCUCGACUUCAAAGUUGCUGGUAAAACUUACUACAGUAGACUCGGUAAAUUCAUUUGCAAGUAUUCGAAUAAACUCAGCACCUCUUCCUGUUAUUUGCAUGACAAAGAUGCAAAACUUUCUGAGUUGGUACGAAGUGAUGAGUUUGUGUUCCUUGAAGCUAAUGGUAAAUUCAUUUUGGUUGGUAGAUCAAAAUCCGAGAGGAAGUGGUUUGGUUUCUUUCCUGUUAAAAAUCCAACUUGGUUCAACAUCUUUAAAGAGAAUCGUAAUAUGACUUUCCAUGCCACUGUUUUAGACAAUACUGUUUACAUAUUGACAAAGGAACUCGAAUUUAUCCGAUACAAUUACGUAGAUAAAUGCGGCAGUAAGAGUGAACCAUUCAAAGACGAAAAGAUGGAUUUCAAUGAGUUGGGCUUGACUUCUCAUCAAACAGGAGACGAUAAAGUAUUCCUGGUCGAUAAAUCAUCUGGAAAGAUUUAUGUUUUCUGCACCAAGCAGAAAAAAUGGCUUUUAAACCAAAAAUAUCAAAUCAUGAGCGUAAAUGUCACUUCCAAAGAUCCUCGUGCUAAUGUGAAUAAGUUAAUUGCCUUCACCUCAACAUUCCUACCCAUUCAAAAUAUCAAUCCUUUGUAUACACAAUCCCAAAGCCUGAAAAGAGCCGAAGCAAUAGAAAGAAGAACCGCAGAUAAUGUAAAAAAAUUCAAAGCAUAAUAAAUUGCUUAGAUUUGUGA